AUGGAGAGCACAAGAGUGUUUGUCUCAGGCCUCCCGCCGACUUUAUCCAAUGACCAACUCAAGAAACACUUUGCAACUCGCUUCCAGGUCACGGAUGCUCAUGUUCUGCCGAAACGCAGAAUUGGCUUCGUGGGCUUCAAAAGCCCCGAGGUGGCCCAACAAGCUGUCUCCUAUUUCAAUAAGACAUAUAUGAAGAUGUCUAAGAUCUCAGUAGAUAUUGCUAAGCCAAUUGAUUCAGAGCCUACCCAUGGUGCAGACAAACCUGGCAAGAACAGUAGAACACUGCCUAGUGAUGCCACCGGAAGUACUCUCAAGCGUAAACGCGAUGGGGAAAAUGUCCCUCAGGACCCCAAGACGCAAGAGUAUCUUUCCUUGAUUCAGCAACCAUCCAAAACCAGAACGUGGGCGAAUGAUGAUAAAAUACCUGCCCCGGUUGAAACGGACUCACCUUCAAAAGAGCAGCCUGCCGAAGUUGAUGGUGACACCCAGGAGGAAUUGACCUACGCCCAGAGGAAGAAGGCAAAAAUGGGUCAGGAUCCGAGGGAGAGCUCACAUACUUCAGAGAAUGCUGGCCAUUCACCGACAGCUGAUGAGGAUGUUCAGCCUGUACCGGAGAAGGAUGAAGAGGAGCAAGAGGCCCGGCAAGAGAACCAGCCGCAGGCGCCUGCGUCUGACUCUGAUUGGCUUCGGUCGAAGACAAGUCGUCUCCUGGGCCUCCUCGACGAAGAUGAGCAGGUGGCUUUUGAGCAGCCCGCUGCACCCGUGGACGAUAAGCCGGCUGCUGACUCUGAUGUUGACAUGCCCAAUGCUCCGAGUCCUGAGAAACCAGCCGUUAAUGACUCUGAAAAAGCGCCUACAGCUGCGGAGGUCGACACAAACAUCGAAAAUAUCCGCAUUUCAGCACGACUUUUCAUCAGAAACUUGUCCUAUGAGACGAGAGAGUCUGAUCUCGAGCCAUUGUUUUCGCCGUUUGGCAAGAUAGAAGAGAUUCAUGUUGCUUUCGAUACUCGAUCCACCAUCAGCAAGGGAUUUGCCUAUGUCCAGUAUGCUGACCCUGACUCAGCUAUUGAAGCGUACAAAAACCUCGAUGGAAAACAUUUCCAAGGUCGAUUAUUACAUAUACUGCCGGCCUCACUGAAGAAGACAUACAAGCUGGACGACCAUGAGCUCUCAAAGCUGCCGUUGAAGAAACAGAAGCAGAUUAAGCGAAAGCAAGAUGCAUCCUCAUCAACAUUUAGCUGGAAUUCGCUGUAUAUGAAUGCGGAUGCUGUCAUGUCUUCGGUGGCGGAGCGGAUUGGUGUUUCCAAAGCUGACCUGUUGGAUCCGACCUCGGCAGACGCUGCGGUCAAGCAGGCCCACGCUGAGACUCAUGUAAUCCAGGAGACGAAAGCUUACUUCAAAGCAAAUGGCGUAAAUUUGGACGCCUUCAAAGAGCGAGAGCGCGGAAACACGGCAAUUCUCGUAAAGAACUUUUCGUAUGGCACAAAGAGUGAAGACUUGCGCAAACUGCUUGAACCCUUCGGGAAACUCACCAGACUCUUGAUGCCCCCGAGUGGUACUAUAGCCGUUGUGGAAUUUGCGCGACCGGAUGAAGCGCAGAAGGCUUUUAAAGGUCUCGCAUACCGCAAACUUGGAGACUCAAUUAUUUUUCUAGAAAAAGCACCAAAGAAUCUCUUCGAUGCAAAUGUCUCACCGCAAGCGCCGCUGCCUGAAGCUAAAACCGUUUCUCAAGGUUUUUCAACUGCGGAUACUUUUGCAGCAGACGAAGGUGAUGAAGAAAACCUGGCCACUGCGACGCUAUUCGUCAAGAACCUCAACUUUUCUACAACUAAUCAGUCCUUAGUAGAAGCUUUUCGGCCACUGGAUGGCUUUGUUUCUGCUAGGAUAAAGCUCAAACCUGAUCCUAAGAACCCCGGCCAAACACUGAGCAUGGGAUUCGGUUUUGCCGAUUUUAAGACGAACGCCCAGGCCCAGGCUGCUCUUGCUGUGAUGAAUGGCUACACCCUUGACCGACACGCACUGGUAGUUAGAGCAUCUCAUAAAGGUAUGGAUGCAGCGGAGGAAAGAAGACGCGAUGACACAGCAAAGAAAAUUGCUGCACGACGAACCAAGAUCAUCAUCAAGAACUUGCCAUUCCAGGCCACGAAAAAAGACAUCAGGUCGCUUUUUGGCGCGUAUGGCCAGCUUCGUUCUGUGCGGGUUCCGCAGAAAUUCGACCGGUCUGCUCGUGGUUUCGGUUUUGCUGACUUUGUAAGCGCUCGCGAAGCGGAAAAUGCCAUGGACGCGCUGAAGAACACGCAUCUUCUUGGCAGAAGAUUAGUAUUGGAAUUCGCGAACGAGGAGGCGGUCGAUCCGGAGCAGGAGAUCGAGAGGAUCGAAAAGAAGGUAGGGGAGCAGCUGGACAGGGUCAAGCUCCAAAAGCUCACGGGAGCCGGGCGCAAGAAAUUCACUGUAGGGGCCCAGGACGAGGAAAGCUAA